UACCGAAUAAUGCUCUUUUAACUCUGAACUCCUGGCUGUCGGUGUUCGCGCAGGCCCCCAGCGCUGCCUGCUGUUGCAGUUCGCGUUCAGGCGCAACCCGUGGCCACACUUGCUGAGCACGUGGCUCCCGUCGGCCAUGCUGGUGCCCGUGGCCUGGGCGCGCCUCUGGUAUCCGGGCGGAGGCCUGUACCUACCCUGCGCUGCCUUGGCUGGCCUCACGCUGCACUCCACACAGUUCAAGGCGAUGCUUUACGGGCACGACCUGCUCACCGCCAUGGACGUCUGGCUCUUGAUCUGCCUGGGGUUCGUGCUCGGCGCGUUCUUCGACUACCUGAUCGUCUGCAACGCGAACCAGCGGGCGUGGAGCGUACAGGAGCUGACCGAGGACAACGCUGCGGAUGACUGGAGCCGCACCAUCUCCGAGCAGGUGUACGUGGCCGACGGCUACCGAUUGGCACACGAGGCCGGCACCCAGACUCCGCCGGACGUGGGGCUGGACAAGGCGCGACACGAUCGCCGCGCGUGGCUUGUCUUCGUCAUCGGAUUCCCGUUGGUCACGGUCUUAUACUGGGCCUACUACCUGACCGCUUCACGCUGACACCGCCGUGCGGCGCGAAAGUCCUGAACACUGGCUUGACGUCCGUACUUAGCCUGCUGACGAGUCUUUCAGCCUGUAAUAAUUAGGCGAAAAGUUAUUUAUUUAUUUAUUUAUUUAUUUAUUUAUUUAUUUGUUUUAAUACACCCUCACGGGCUCCAGGUUUCGAGUAUUGCGCAAAGAAGGUGUUGUGCUUAGAAACAUAGAAGCGUUUGUAGUAAUUCGGCGCACUAAAAUAAAUUAAAUAAAUAGAAAGAACAGCAGGUGAUCACACGAAUCCAAUGAACAAAACUUAAUUAAACGAUACAAAUAAUUAAUUAAUUUAUUCGGAAAGAUAGCUACCGCGGAACUAUGAAAUAUGCCAGGUCUUUAAGUCUUUCUGCGCAAUGAGCUUUUGAAGCUAUGCGUUUGUCUGCGCAAUGGUUGAUCUUGCAAAUGAAGUCUGUAAAUACGAAUACGCUCUUAGCGUUGUUGCCUAUUGAUUUUUAGCUUGGAGUUAUACUAGCGAGCAUAAAUGCAAGCACA